AUGGUAGGACCUUCCUUUAAUACCUUAAAACCUACCACCACCAUUAAGUUCUUGUGUAGCUAUGGAGGCCGGAUCCUCCCCCGUUAUCCCGACAGCAAGCUUCGUUACCACGGUGGAGAAACUCGUGUUCUUUCCGUGGAACGCUCGAUUACUUAUGCUGAGCUUGUGGUGAAGCUUGGGGAGAUGUGUGGAACAUCUUCGAUGAGUUUAAGGUGCCAGUUGCCAACAGAAGACUUAGAUGCACUUGUAUCAAUCACCUCCGAUGAGGAUCUAGCCAAUCUCAUUGAGGAAUACGAUCUAGCCACGGCUGCGCUUCCUGCUAUCAAGAUCAGGGCUUUCCUUACGACCUCGAAAACCACCAAAAAAGUGUCGCCACCACCCUCCACCGCCUCCUCAUCCUCGUCUUUUUCCUCGUCCUCUAGCAACGACGCUACAUCGCCAAAAUCAUUUUAUUCCCCCACCGCAGCCACCUUGCCUCCAAGAUGUCCAGCGUCGAAAACCUGGCCUUGCAUUCGGUAUGUCUCAAGGCCGCCGGUAUAUCCGCCGUGUAAGGGUGUAGCCACCGUGGGACAGCUCCCUAAGUAUGCUUAUCGUCAUGCGCAUGGGAACAGUAAUGGGCAGGUUUAUCUUAUCCACAAUGGAAACCAUUGGCAAUAG